AUGUACGUACAUUUUGAAAAUGAGAUCACCAAUGUUGUAAUAUGGCCAAUAUUGGCCAAGAUGCUACAGUCUGAUAUAAAAUAUAUUCAUUUGAAACAAAAACCAUUCAAAUGUAAUGACAAUUGUGGCAAAAGUUUCCAACAAAACUCAUACCUAAUUGCACACAAAGGCAUACAUUCUGGCGAAAAGCCAUUUCGAUAUCAUUUCAAUGAUUGA